AUAGCAACACAAAUAUUUCCCAAACCUAACUUAAUCUUUCCUGUCUACAUUUUCUUUUUUUAUUUCUUCCUUCUAGCCGAUGAUGUUCAAAAAAUCGAAGCAGUUGUCGGCAAAAGCGGACAGUUAUCAUGUAAUCUCACAUCAGAUAUUCAAGAUGAUAGAGUAGCAUUAGUGAUAUGGUACAAGGAGGGUAAAACAACUCCAAUUUAUAGUUACGACGCUCGAGAUUCGAAAGCUAUUGAUGGCGGAAGCCAUCAUGGGAUUAGUAUAAAUGGAAAGUUUUAUUUCAAUACGUCUUCAUUAAAUCCAGCAAUUUUUUCUAUAAGUAAUCUAACAGCAGAUGAUAAAGGGAUUUAUCGUUGUCGUGUCGACUUUACAAGAACUCCAACCAAAAACACUAAAUUUAAUCUUUCGGUCAUCAUCCCGCCUGAGAAUCUCCUGAUUCUUAACGAACAGGGAAAGCAUAUUUCGCAUUACAUCCUUGGACCUUAUAACGAAGGGUCUUCCAUAAAUCUAACAUGUAUUUCAAGUGGUGGUGAUCCACUUCCAAAGUUAACAUGGCGACACGACAAUCAAUUACUAGAAGGAAUUCUUACAAAGCUUUCCGAGAAAAAGAUGAGAAAUGUGCUUCAUCUAAAGAAUCUUAAUAGGAAAGAUCUUCUCAGCAGCUUUACAUGCAAAUCCACAAACAAUAAUUUAACCGAUCCAAUAACAUCAUCAGUUAUGAUAGAUUUAAAUUUGCGGCCUUUAACAGUGAAAAUUAUCAAAGAUUUGAAGUUCAUGUCGACUAAACAGUUGUAUGAUUUAAGAUGUGAAGUCAGAGGGUCACGUCCUGCUCCACAAAUUAGUUGGUGGCUUGGUUCUGAAAAAUUAACUGCAGCAAAAGAAACGACAACGAAGGAUUUAAAUUUAACAAGUUCUAUACUUCCCUACCAUCCAAAAAUUGAGGACCAAGGAAAGUUUCUAAGCUGUCGGGCAGAAAAUCCUUUGAUACCAGAUUCCGGCAACGAAAAUGGAUUCAAAUUAAAUUUGCAUCAUCCUCCACUCAUAACUCUUGAAUUCGGUACAAAUCCUGUUGUCGAAGGAAAUACUGUGAAUGAAGGAGCGGAUGUUUACUUCGAAUGUAAUAUUAAAGCAAAUCCUUCGGUUUACCGAGUCGGAUGGAGGCACAACGAUAAUGAUAAUGAGCUUCAGAAUAAUCCACAGGAAGGCAUCAUUAUUUCAAACCAGUCUUUAGUGCUUCAGAACAUCACUCGACAACGAAUGGGGCAAUAUGUUUGCACAGCAAGUAACUCCGAGGGUGACGGUUUUAGCCAACCAGUUCAGUUGAAUGUUCUAUACUCGCCAAUAUGCCGUCCUGGUUUGCCACAAACUUACAAUGUUGAUCGUGGUGAAACUGCCACCAUCCAAUGUGAAGUUGAAUCGAACCCAGCUGCAUUUGAUUACAGGUGGAAAUUCAAUACAACGCUCGUUGAUUUUACUGAUCUUCAUACAAGCAUCGAUGUGAAAAGUUUUUUUCGUUUUAAACCUCAAACCGAGAAUGAUUACGGUACUGUUUUAUGUUGGGGCAUCAACUCAAUCGGGAUGCAAACAGAACCUUGUCUUUUUCAAGUCGUACCAGCAGGAAAGCCAGAAGCUUUAACAAAUUGCUCUGUAGGUAAUCAGACGCAAUUCUCCUUCCAAGUGACUUGUGUCGAAGGUGAAGAUGGAGGAUAUCCUCAAGAUUUUAUUGCUGAGUUGUACUUUGCAAGAGAGAAAUUUGUGAAAACAUCGAUAUCUUCGAGGACCCCAACUUUUGAUUUAAAAGGAUUGAAUCCUGGCAGUGAAUAUGAAGUUGUUUUGUCAGCAGUCAACAAAAAAGGAAGAUCAAUGCCUUUUUCCCUUUUAACUUACACUUUAAAAGUUCCUGAGAAGCAUACGGACUUAGCUGCUACCGUAACGACAACUUUAAUGCAAAAACGAGAACUUCUGAUGAUGUUAGCUGGAAGCAUCAUUGGAAUCAUCUCGAUAGCUUUGAUGAUAACAAUCGCAGCAAGAUUAAGAGGUUCAAGGAGAUUAGAUUCAAAACCGAUGGUUUCAAGUCUUCCGUCAAUUCCACAUAAUGCUGACAUCAUGGAUCAUCACCAACAACAAAGACAACAUCAACAAGAGUCGCCUGAUAGUGCUGAUAAAAAUCCUGACAUCAUCCCACAUACACUCGAAGAAUGGCAAGAGGCAAGCAAACAGAUUUAUGGCUCAAUGCAUUAUAGAAUUCCCACAAUGCAGCCACAAGCAGCUGCUGCUGCUGCUUCUGUUUACAAUUCUACAGCCAACAAUAUGAUAAUUUAUUCUGACGCCACAUUGGGUCGCCCUCACAUGAAUAAUAAUUUUAAACGGAUCGAUUCUAAUGGCAUUUGUGCUCAGCAGCAGUUCGAUUUGACAUCAUUACCGAUAGAAUAUCAACAGGGAUAUCUACAACAACAGUCACAAUUACUCCAUCAUCGUCCGAAUAAUACUCAAAUACAAAGAUUAUUCGUCGGACAUUUCCCAAAUCCACUAACAAGUUUAAACACUGCUACAUUAGAUAGAUUCCCCCCACCAAUCUCGCCUUCAUUAUUCGCAUCUACCAGCUCAAGUAAUCCUGUUUGCAGCUCUAAUGAACCGCGAUUAACUUUAAAGACUGUACCAGAGACAUCCUACUAUAAUCUACAGUCGAUGAGCAAUCACGAAACAUCAUUUUGAAAUAUAUUAAAGAACAUUUUAUUAUUGUUAUUGUAAAUCACCAAAUCAGUUUCCUAGAGCAUUCUUGAAUAUAAUAAAAUCGAUCAUCAAUAAAGCUUGAGAGAAUAAAAAGGAAAUGGAAGAUAUGUAAAUAAUUAUUCUGGUGCAUUUUUCUCAAUACGAAAUGAAUAAAUAUGUUUAUUGUAUUUUAUGAUUCAAUAGAAUUUAUUAUU